CGUCAUAGCAGUUCCUCGAUUAAAGAGUCGCGGUGGCGAAGUGCACUGAUAUGCCACUGCACUGAACGCCAGACUACGCCAUGAUCCAUGGACAAGGAUCUUUGUGAUCUGACAUGCCUGUGAAGGAAACCCUAUCCCAGACAGCGUACAGCCAAUCAUGGAGCAGCAGGCCUGGAUUCUGAGGAGCAUCCUGGCCCAGCUGGAGAGUCAGGAGGCUGCGGAUGAGGGGGCACCCAACAGUAUUGCCGCGGAGUUUGCGAGCUUGAAAACCCAGUCAACAAAAUAUCGCACUGACAAGAUCUUCUCCACCAAGACGGCAGAAAAACAAGAAAACGUCAAGAAGAACCGAUACAAGGACAUUGUCCCCUUUGACCACACCAGAGUAAAGCUCACUCUCACCACAUCCAAAAAAGACACCGACUACAUCAAUGCUAGUUUUAUCCAGGGAGUUUCAGGGUCCAGGGCCUAUAUCGCUACUCAGGGUCCACUUCCACACACACUGGUGGACUUCUUACGGAUGAUUUGGGAAUACGACGUAAAGGUUAUUGUAAUGUCCUGCCGAGAAUUCGAAAUGGGCAAGAAAAAGUGUGAAGUGUACUGGCCACAGAAACAAGAAGCUCCGUUUGUCUGCGAGGCUUUUGCCGUUCACUGUGACUCUGAAGAAAGUAAAGGAGACUAUCUGACAAGGACGUUAAGGUUGACUUAUCGUAACUGUAGCCGCACUUUGAAACAGCUGCACUACGUCAACUGGCCAGAUCACGGCGUACCAGACACCAUCCCACCCAUUCUGGACCUGCUGCACGAGAUGCGCUGUUACCAGGCGCAUGAUGACAUCCCCAUAUGCAUCCACUGCAGUGCUGGCUGUGGAAGAACGGGAGCCCUGUGUGUCAUUGAUUAUACAUGGAACCUCCUCAGAAGUCAGAUGAUCACCUCAGAUUUUAGCAUCUACAACUUAGUUCAGGACAUGAGAACCCAGAGGCCGUCAGUGGUUCAAACCAAGGAACAAUAUCUACUCGUCUACAGAACCAUCAGGGAACUGUUUAAGAGGUAUUUGCAAACAAUGGAGGAAGAAAACUGCCACAGUGAGGUGGAACAAUCAGCCGUCGGCGCCAUAAGUGAAAACGAUCUCUCUGACCAGAGCGAGGAGUUCGAAUUAACCCCAGAGCAUCAGGACCUGUUUGGGGAAGAGAAAGGUUAUUUGCAACAGUACAGCCCUCCUUUGGUCCACACUUCAGAAGCUCUAACUCCCCUUAAUUAUGAGACCAUGCAGUGGUGCCAGGAACAGUAUAACCCGUUCCACACCACACCAGAGGAACUGAAUGUCAGCCAGGGCUUAGGUGAGGGACCGACGGGCUCUCCUACACUGCUUCAUGCCAGCCACGUUGCAUUUACCCUGAGUGAAGGCGUACCGAACAGUGGUGACGUGUCUGGAGUGAAUUCUUCAACCUUACCGGCCGUGCCUGAGGCCGUGUGUCUGAUGGUGGAGGACCCCUAUUUCGACACGCCUAUGAGCUCCCCUUCAUCCGAGGAGGCUCCAGUGGAACCAGCAGAAGACUCGACAUGGACCUGCAGUCCGAUCUUCAGCACGCCGUCUUUGCUCCUGAACGACCAGACCAUAGAGCCCAGCUCUCCGGCCUCAGUCCCGACCGAUGAUGAGGCGCCUCCACCUUUGCCCGAACGGACCCUUGAGUCCUUCUUCCUGGCCGAGGAAGCAGAGCUCUCAGAUCCAUGUCAAAGGUUGUCUGUUAUCUUUCCACCAAAUGCUGCUGCUGCUGAACCCAUAAGGGAGCUGGAAGGAAGCCCCCCAUCACCUGCCCCACCACUUCCAGAGAGAACCCCAGAAUCCUUUGAGCUCGCCACUGAUCCAGUUCUCGUGGCGCCUCCGUUGAAAGUGCCUCUGGCAGUGAACCUGGGUGUAAUAGGAUUGUCUUCAGAAUGGUCGGGGACUUUGAAGUCAGAAGAUGGACUUCAUCAGGAUAAAACAUUUAUGAGGAGCAAGAGUCUCAGAGCAAAAAUGACUUUCUCAGCUAAACCGCUUGAUCAAACAAAUUACUGUCCAUCUCUGGAUCCUCUGACUCCCGCACAUCUUCCUAACACGGAGGACUGUCUGGCAUCGCCUGUCGCUAAAAGGACCCCAGAAUCCUUCCCUCUCCCUGCAGACGAGAAUCAUGAGGGAAAUACGCUACGCCCCCUUUCAAUGGGCUCAACACAACUUUUACCGAGGACAGGAAUGUCAUCGGAGUGGGAUGGCAGCGCCCAGCCCAAGAAGUUCCUGGAUUCUGUCAUGAACCGGAGCAAGAGUGUUCGAGCUAGAAGUUCACAAGUGUUCGAGCUAGAAGUUCACAGUUGGAGCCCCUCAGUGCAUUUCCGCAGCGCACUCCUCUUCCUGUGGUCGCAGCUGAAGGAGGAAGUGCGCAAGUGGAACAACAGAACACGAACCACACACCCAACCUGAACAGUGACAAACCAGGAAACAAAGCAGACAAAAGAAAUGAAAAGGGCAUGUUGAGAACAAAGAGUCUGAAACUUUUUAGGCAUAAAGCAAAACCCAAAACAACCCCCCCACCGCCUCCUACUCAGGAUGGAGCUCCACCUGCCUCACACAGUAGCUCAUUUACUGUGUUCAAAUUUGGAUUUGGGAACCGCUUUGGAAAGCCAAAAGGCCCCAGGGCCUACCCAGAGACCUGGAUCUGAAGCGACGGGGUCCCCUAAUGACGCAGUGCACUACGCAGUGACUUUGGGACAGAAGCAGUUUUAUUACAAAGUUGUCAAGAAAACAUCGGACACAGCAGAACAGAGAAAAGCCUCGACGGGAGGCUCUGUGCAACAGCGCCUCCCGUCAGGACACACACAACGGUCUUUGUGCAAUUUAUAAAGUAAAGCAAAUUUUGACCACUGAACAGUGCCUUCUAUGAAACAAACAAAAUAAAUUCAACAUCAACUCAAGCGGGGCUUUACUCUGAAAUGAGAAACUGCUUGGAAGAGUUAGUUUGAUGUAAGAAAUUGUAUCUUUUUUUUUCCCUUUCUGUGCUCAAGGCAAAGCUCUUAAACUCAGAGUGUUAGGACUACAUUUAGAUAUGCAUGUGUGUGAUCGCCUGUAUGCUUUUCGUCGUGAAUGAAAAGGGGUAAAACAUUGAAUCUUGAUGAGCACAAAACUUUGUCUUUCAAACAGAGCGGCCUUCUCGUCGUUUAGUGCUUCUUUGCUGGAAUAUAAUAUUUAAAAGCGACGAGAUGAAACGCAUAUCCUACUGAACAAUGAAUGUCAUACACGUGGAUGUGCUGCGACUGCACAAUUAUUUAUUAAAAAAAA